GAACUGAACCCCUCCCACUGGUUACCUGGUGACGAUGACGAUGGUACUUCCUGAUACACCUGGUCAGGUAAACAACAGAUUGAAACAUCUCCUGCAGCAUGAGAGGAGAGAAAACUGAGAGCUCCGGAUUUCAGAACAAACAUCUGUGAUGGGUGACUGUAUGAAGACGGAGCUGGUGAGCGCCAUCCAUCUGCAGGAGGUGGAACUGCAGGACAGACCUGCAGACGCUCAGCAGGACGCCAAGAACAACAACAAAGAUGAUCAGACGUUCACUGUGGAGGAAGCUGUGGAGACGAUCGGCUUCGGACGAUUUCACAUCCUGUUGUUUGUCAUCAUGGGGAGCUCAAACAUCGUGGAGGCCAUGGAGAUCAUGCUGUUAGCUGUAGUUUCUCCUGAGAUUCGAUGUGAGUGGCGUCUGGACGACUGGCAGGUGGCACUCGUCUCCACGAUGGUGUUUCUGGGUUUCAUGGUUUGCGGGGUCCUGGCAGGAUACAUCGCUGACAGAUACGGACGCUGGAAGGUGGUGUUUGGAGGUUUCGUGUGGAGUGCGUACUUCUCUCUACUCACCUCGUUCGCACCAUCUUAUGGUUGGUUCAUCUUCCUGCGCAGCAUGGUGGGCUGCGGCGUCGCAGGAGUGUCGCAGGGGUUUGUGUUGAAGACGGAGUUCAUCCCUGCGAAGCAUCGAGCCUUCCUGCUGCCUCUGGCUUCCGUCUUCUGGAUGACGGGCUCCAUGCUGAUCAUCAUCCUGGGGAUGCUGGUGGUUCCCACGAUGGGCUGGAGGUGGAUGAUCCGCAUCUCCAUCACCCCCAGUAUCAUCCUCAUCUUCCUCUUCAAGUUCAUUCCUGAGUCGGCUCGGUACAACGUGUCAGCAGGAAACGUUCAGGCUGCCGUCGACACUCUGAACCGGAUCGCUAAGAUGAACAGAUCGUCUCUUCCUCCAGGACGACUGAUGGAGCCGCCUGUAAAAGAAAGAGGCAGCUGGAGGAUUCUGCUCAGUCCAGCGUUCAGGAGGACGUCCUUACUGCUCUGGUACACAUGGUUCGUGGCGUCCUUCUCGUACUACGGCUCGGUGCUGAGCAGCUCGGAGCUGUUGGAGAAGAACUUGCUGUGCGUGACUAACGCCGAUCGGGAGCAUCAGGUCAAACACCGCCAUGAGGACGGACUGUGUUACUGCAUCCCCUUCGGAUUCAGCGACUACCAGACGCUCCUCAUCAGCUGCCUGGGCGAGGUCGCACUCGUCCCGUUGAACAUCUGUCUGCUCAGCGUGUUCGGACGCAAGAAGAGUCUGAUGGUGCUGCAGCUGCUGGCGGCCAUUUUGUUCAUGAUGAUCAACAUCUGCACAACCAUGUUGGGGUUCACGGUGCUGCUGUUCCUGCUUCGGUCUCUGGUUUCCAUGAACUUUAAUGUGGUUUAUAUUUACACUGCUGAGGUGUAUCCCACCGUGGCUCGGUCUCUGGGGAUGGGCUUCUGCACGUCGUUCAGUAGGAUCGGAGGGAUGAUCGCUCCGUUCAUCGCUCAGGUGCUGAUGUCUCAGUCGGUGAUUCUGGCUCUCAGUCCGUUCGCCGUCACGUGUGUGAUCUGCGCUCUGGGAAACUUCCUGCUGCCGAUAGAAACUAAAGGACGAGCUCUGCUGCAAAACUCCUGAUGUCAUCAUCCAAACCAAACGCCUGUUACUGUUUGUCUUUAUAUCUGUAAUGUAAAGAUAUUAAAUAUAAUUCUGUCAUCA